GUCAGUCCGUGCCCACCCACAACAGUAUAGUGUAGAAUAGUGCUCACUCACUCACUCACCCACUCACUCCGCCCGACUGCUUUCUCUGCUUGCUGGAGAGUGACCCCCUGGACCAGCAACAACAGCGGCGAUCGCACACACGCUCAUUUCGUUCGUGACCCUUUCAGCCGACAUCCCUCCCCCUCUCCUAUUAACUCUCAUACCCAUAACACAUAAACUGUACUUGUAAUGGCCCUGGCCGAGGUCAAAGAACCCCCUCCCAAACCAACGCGGAUUCGUGCCGCCACCACUACCACCACCAGUCCUUCGAAAUCAACUUCCCCUGGAACAACAGCGAUGAUCAUCACUCAACCCCCUGCCCUCUCAAAGACCCCCAUCCCCCUGUCCCGACCUGCCCCCAGGAUACCGGUCUCAGCACCCAACCCAGCCCCACUUGCUCCUGCAGAACCCGGAAAGGGCCCCAGUCUGGUCGAAACUGCAAGAGAAGAAAAACAAGACCUCAUAGCAGCCAGGAAAAAAAAACUCCUGCCUCUUCCAGAACCCGGGAUUCCCUCCAAGACCACAGCGCCUCUAUCCCUGUCAACCAAUCAAGGGUCAGUGGAUGGGAUCAAGGGUGCUGUAGCCAGCAAAGCUCCCCGUGAUGCUAUCCAACGCGCCUCAUCCGCACCAAUGCCGCCACCAAAACCAAAGAGGAUUUCCCUCGCACCUCAGCCCAAGGCGAAGCCAUUGAGCCUCCAAUCCAUCCCUCUUCAACCCAAGGUCGAAGCCUCUACACGCGCCACGACCGCACCAGCGACAGCAGCAAUGUCUUCAUCGCCCCCUGCAACCCCUAAUUCGAUACCCAACGUCAUGCAGUCGCAGGAAACAACAAAGCCGAAAACGCCCUCGAACUCUGUUCUCGCGUCACCAACCCAACCUGUGCUACCACCUGCAAAGAAGCCCAGGUCUGCUGAGCAUCCUACCGAUGGAUGUUUGAUCCCGGCCGACUCGGAAUCGCUACAGCAGCGGUUUAAGAGCCAGAUGCGGACUGUACCAUCGUCGUCCCCACCUCCGUCCAUGUCCAUGUCGCAUCCAAAUAUCGGAGCAAAGACAACACCCUUGACGCCAGAGAAGACCAGCGAUUCUGCUGCAGGAACGAAUCCUACGUUGAUCGGUGCGCGUUCUCGCUUGCGAUCUACAUCGGAUGCCAAGGCUGCCACGUCUCUGGCGGUAGCGAUUCCCUAUACAGCGAUGAAUCAUGCUGCAAAUACGUCUUCAUUAGACGACAGUACAGGAUUCGGGUUUGCUGACAGCAGGGGAUAUGCUGGUGCCUUGGUGUCGCCCACCUUUCCAUCACCCACAUUUAGAAGGAAUGGCUCAUAUGACGAUGACGCAGACGAUGGAUCGUCAGGGGUAGUGGCGGCAGAGCGAUUGGCAGCAUCUCUCCAACCUUGCCGAUUAUGAAAACUACACAAAGAUGAACAUCUCGAACCUCGGACUGAUUUUUUGUCCGACUCUGCAAAUUGGUUCCGUUCUCUUCAAAAAUCUCCUCGGUGGUGAUGGUGGCGAAGAAGACCGUCGAAAAUGUCUGCUGGCCGUCUGGGACGAUCUGGCUAUGAAGCGUGAGGAAAUGGAGAACCUAGAGAUGAUCAAGGAUUUCGAGAUGGGACUCCAGUUUGAAAAAAACGGUGACCGCGCCUUCAUUGACGACUCUAGUCGGGAACGAGAGCGAGAACGAGAACUACAGCUGCAACAACAGGAAAAGGCCCAGGGACAUGAUUUGGGACGUCAAAGCUGGGAGGAAAUCGACCGCGAUCUCCUGAACCUUAGUUCAUCUCCGCCACCACAAACUACAAUAGCAUCAUCACCGUUCCGCCCCAUGGGGUCUUCAGGAUCGAAGCCAUUGUCCUCAAUCCAAAAUACCCAUUGGUCUGGCGAAGCAUUCGACA